GGAUUGGCCGCCGCGAGCCCCGCCCCGCCCCCGCCCCUCGCCGCGCCGGUUCCGGGUGUCGCGGGGCGCCGCCAUGGCCGCGGGUGCCGCCGACAAGGUGUCGGUGCUGCUGCCCACGUACAACGAGCGCGAGAACCUGCCGCUCGUCGUCUGGCUGCUGGCGCGCAGCUUCGAGACGAGUGGAUACAACUUUGAAAUUAUAGUCAUAGAUGAUGGAAGCCCUGAUGGGACACAGGAAGUUGCUGAACAAUUGGUAAAGAUAUAUGGAUCAGAUAAAAUACUUCUAAGACCUCGAGCAAAAAAGCUGGGCCUGGGCACUGCUUAUAUUCAUGGAAUGAAGCACGCCACUGGGAAUUUUAUUGUUAUUAUGGAUGCUGAUCUUUCUCACCAUCCAAAAUUUAUUGCGGAGUUUAUCAGAAAGCAAAAAGAAGGCAAUUUUGAUAUUGUAUCUGGAACAAGAUAUAAAGGAAAUGGAGGAGUAUAUGGCUGGGAUUUGAAAAGAAAAUUAAUCAGUCGUGGUGCCAAUUUUCUAACUCAGGUUUUGCUGAGACCAGGUGCAUCUGACUUAACUGGGAGUUUCAGGUUAUACAAAAAAGAAGUCUUACAGAAACUAAUGGAAAAAUGUGUUUCUAAAGGAUACGUCUUCCAGAUGGAGAUGAUUGUUCGGGCUAGACAGUUAGGAUAUACUAUUGGAGAGGUUCCUAUUUCAUUUGUGGACCGUGUCUAUGGAGAAUCUAAACUGGGAGGCAAUGAAAUAGUCUCCUUCUUAAAGGGACUCUUGACCUUGUUUGCUACAACAUGAUAGUUUAUCCUAAACUGACUUUUUUAGAAAAACAUUUUCUAAGAUCUGUGUAGUUUUUAAUAUAUUGUAGCAGAAGCUUGAUAAUUUGCCUGGUUACCAGAAGACUCACUGCAAACUAACAAUUAAAUGGAUCAACAAUAAUAGAGCAAAGACAUUGUAUCACAGAAUACUCCUUUCAAAAUAAAUGAACUGUAUGUUAAACUAGUCAAAAUAAAGAAUAAUGCUUUAUGCUAUUUUUGUUUAAAAAAACUUAAUAAAGAACACAAAUAGACCUAAAUGA